AUGGAAGGUCAGAAAUCAAAUGUGCGACACGCCCAUGACAACCUUCGCCAUGUGGUUAUUACAGCAACAUGCUUUGCCCUCAUCUUGUCGACUACAUCAGUGGUACUACGACUUGUCUGUCGCCGAAUGAUGAAGACUAAAUUCUUCCUAGAUGACUAUUUCAUGAUUGUGGCGCUGAUAUUUGAGUACGGGAUCACUAUGGCCGGCGUCGUUCUCCUUUACAAUGGCCUCGGAACUCAUAUACCCCUCGUCCCAUCCGACAAUUUGACUGUCUACAUGAAAAUGUUGUCCAGUGGCACUUUCCUGUACACUGGAUGCAUCACUUUCGUCAAACUGUCUAUCCUCAACUUCUACAAGCGACUAUUCCCUGUGAAGCCUAUGGUGAUCUCAGUGAAUGCUGUAGCAUCCCUGGUGAUCGUAUGGUGUGUGGCAGUGUACAUUGUUGGUGCCAUGACCUGUAUCCCCUUCCGCAAGCUCUGGGAUCCAACGGUCCCGGGCCGAUGCAUUAAUCUUCCUCAAUUCUAUUACGGACUCCAAAUUCCCAAUAUUCUCACCGACGCCAUUAUCCUCGUGAUGCCCAUAAGAUUGGUAUGGAACCUACAGAUUCCAAAGACGCAGAAGAUCCUUUUGUCCGGAAUUUUCCUCCUCGGGUUCUUAACCCUAAUCUUUGACAUCGUCCGCUUGGUGGCGCUUGUUGCACUUUCGGAAUCAGGCAAUGAUAUAACAUGUGCGGCUCUCCUUCUCAUCAACACCUGCACUCGCUAA